AUGAAGCUGCUCGUACUGGCCGCCUUGCUCACAGUGGCCAACACAGCGGAAGAAGCCAGCUUGAGGGCAUUUUGGCAGUUCAGCAACAUGAUCUCCUGUCUGAUCCCUGACAACUUGCCUUAUUUCUCGCCUUAUUUCACAUUUAACAACUACGGCUGCUACUGUGGCAGGGGUGGAGAGGGCACCCCCGUGGACGAACUGGACAGGUGCUGCCAGGCACACGACAGGUGCUGGGGCCAAGCCGUGGAGCUGGGACACUGCAGAUCUCUCCUGGGCUUAAUGACUUUACUGAAACCAUACUCCUACUCCUGCACCGACAGCGACAUCACCUGCAGUAGCGAGAACAAUCCCUGCGAGGAUUUCCUCUGCAAAUGUGACCGCACUGCCGCCAUGUGCUUUGCCAAUGCCCCAUACAACAAGGAGUACAAGAACCUGGACAAAAAGUUCUGCAAGGAAUGA